UCAGAUACUUAUUUAAUUAAGCCAGACAGUUUUUUCAACAUAAUUGAAUGUUAUUCAUUCAGCAGUCAAUGAGCAGUACUCAGAAGAUCUGAAAUUUGGUAUGAACUGCAAAACUGAACAGAAACACUGACAACCCAAUGGCCAACCGUGAAGACAGGCCAAUUGGUCAGACUCCACACAAAAGACGCCGCAGCAUAGAACACCCCCCCACAAUGGGUGAUCUGAGGAUUGUUCUGCUGGGGAAGAAUGUGUCAGAAAACGGCAAAGUGGGAAAAUUGAUAUUAGGAAAAACAGCCUUUAACAGUGAAGCUCCACCAGAUGAAGUGCAGAUGGAAAGAAAAAAUCUUAAGACUGUCAUAAACUGUCCUUACCUGCUCCAGCCACAUCUCUCAGACCAUCAGAUCAUACAAGCUGUAAAGGAGUGUAUGCGUCUGUCUGAUCCAGGACCUCAUGUGAUUGUUCUGAUCUUUAAACAUGAUGAGUGUUCAAGAGAAGAUCAAGAGCAUGUGGAGAAGGUCCUCAACUAUUUUCCUGACAGGGUUUAUGAACACACACUGAUGCUUACCACACACAACUCGCACAGUGUGCAUCAGACUGAAGUCAAUGAUGUUAUAAAGGAAAUUAUAAAAAAAUGUCAUAAUAAUCAUUGCAUGCUUGAGAGAGACAACUCUUGUAUUAAAGAGAAAUUAGAAAAAAUGGACCAAAUGAACAGUGGACGCUAUCUUCAAUUCAACCCUGAGAAUUCCAUGGAGCAACAAGUCAUAGAAAGUGUAAAUGAGCCACCUCUAAAUGUUGUACUAUUUGGAAACUCUACAUCAGUUCAGUUUGGUCAUGACAACAUUCUAUUGGGAGAUGCACCCCCUACCCCUGAAGAUGAAGUAUUGUCCAGGAUUGAUCCUGUACAGAUAAAGAUGUCAGAACGUCAUGUCUCAGUCAUUAACAUGAUUGACUUAAAUGAAGUUCCCACAGUCUUUUUGGAUCAUCUCAUCGGUCAACUAAUGCAUGAAAAUAAAAUCUCUGCCUUCAUCUUUGUUGUGCGUCUGGGUCAGUUAACAGAUGCUGAUAAGAUGUGUCUUGAAUGGCUACAGUCAGUGUUUGGUGACAGAGUUCUUCAGUUUGUGAUGAUUCUCUUCACUUAUGAAGGAGAAAAGGAGUCUGACUCUAUAAUAGAUCUGAAGAAAAAUAAUGUUCUGGAGGAGCUGCUGAAGAAAUGUGGAGGAAGAUAUCACACCUGCAGCAAAACCAUGAACAACCAAUCAGAGAUGAGAGAACUGAUGAAGAAGAUUGAUCGACUGCUUAAUGAGAACAAAGAGCAGUGCUAUACUGAAGAGAUGUACAACACAAAAAGACGAAGCAAGUUGCAAAAUAAUAAAAAAGACAAACCCUUAUUCAUGAAGAAGAUAAUGGAGCUCACCACAUUUCAAAGAAGAGACAAACUCAAGGAAAUGGUUAAAGAAAUCAGUGAAAAAGUAGAGGAUCUCUUUGACAGACUUCACCUCAAAGACAACAUCCACAAUAAACUGAUAGCUUCAGAUGUUCUUCAGAUAUCGGCACAUUCAUUAGAGUCUUAUGAGCCUUGUGAUGAAAAAGAUCUGGUGAAGAAUUAUCUACAAAAAAUACUGAUGAUGAACUACAGAGCAAGAUACAUUAAAACUAAAGAGACUAAAACACAACAUCACACACAACAAAUAGAAAAAGACUCAUUAAUGCAUGAUGAUGAUAUUCUUCUUGAUAUGUUCAAAGAAAUGUAUUUGUCUAAUAAGGGAACAGUUAAACCAGACUCUAUUCACCCGAUGGAUGUUCAAAUGGCUGUGUUUCAUUGUGCUGAUAGUUUCCUAAAGCAGCUGAUGGUCACUAAACUCUCACAGUGUCAGUUUGCUCUUCCUCUUCUUGUUCCUCAUCCAUUCACACAACAGAUUGAGUUUCCUCUCUGGACAUUCAGACAAAUCAACAAGAGCUGGAAGAUGAGAAAUACUAGCAACGACAUCAUCAGUAAAGAAGAGCCAGUGUACAAAGCAGAAACUCCAAUGGUGUCGUUCUUCAGGUUUGAUUCUGUGUCUUCAUCCAAGUCUCAGCUGAUGAACAAUCUGAUCAAUGAGAAACACAACACGUUCUUCCACAGGAACUGUCCAGGCAGCAGCAGAACCAGACUACUGAUGGAUGGAGUGGUGGAGAUCGCCUGGUUCUGCCCAUCUGGAGAAAACACAGAUACUUUUACUGACUGUGUUGCCUUCUGUAAUCUUCAUGGUGAUGCUGGAGUCCAUGAGAAACAACUGCAGAUUCUUACUGAAAUGUCUUCAGUCAAUGUUGUUCUUCUACCAGAUGUCAGCAGCAUGACCAAAGUUAAAGAAUUGUACAAGGACUUAAAGCCACUUGUUUGUCUGUUUACUGAGGAUGAUUCAACUCUUAUUGAGACACGGAAAGGAAAAUAUAAAAUUGGUUUGAAAGAGAGAAAUCUGUCAGAAGUAUCAGAAGAACUCAGAAGAGCUAUAAAUGAUUGUCUCUCAUCUUCAGCAUCAGCUUCCAUGUUCAGACUUGAAGAUUUGUCCAAACACUCAGAUAUCAGAGUAGAUGAGGACAAUGAUGAAGACUGCAGGAAAGGAAGAGAAGCAGCACAGCAGAUGAUGAGUUUACUGAAGAAUAAAGAUCUGAGAGAAAUCAAAGAAUCAUUUCUGCCCUGUCAGGGUGAACUCUGGCAUCAGUGGUGUCAGAAGAACAAAGAACUUCAUCGACCUCGAGGGGAUGACAUAGAAACAGACAUAACCAGAAAACAAGCAGAAUUAAAGGCAAUACGCGAGCAGCAGUAUGUAUUUAAAGUAAAUAAUUUAAUACUGUUAUUUAUUCAAAAAAUACACCUGCCUGGUGAGAAUAUGUUUUUUCUAAAAUGGCUUGGAAUAUUCCUGGAUGAAUAUAUCUCAAAGGACGUAAAAUAUAAAUCUGAGCUAACUUCUCAACAAACAAAAACAAUAUCUGAAAAGAUUCAAGAGGGAACCUUUGGUUUGGAGCACAUCAUAAGAGAGAUCGGUCAGAUCUAUGAAUCAUGUUCAUCUGUGAAUAAGAACAAGACAGAUCUGCAGUGUGACUUCUCUUCUCUCCCGAGUCUUGCAGCAGAGAUGAUGAUCUGUGGAUUUCCACUGGAGCUGAUGGAUGGAGAUGCUGCUCAUGUUCCUCUGAUCUGGAUCACUGCUGUUCUAGAUGAACUCAUACAGAAACUGGGAGACCAGAGAGUCUUUGUGCUGUCAGUUUUAGGACUUCAGAGCUCUGGGAAAUCCACCAUGUUGAAUGCCAUGUUUGGACUUCAGUUUGCAGUCAGUGCUGGCCGAUGUACCAGAGGAGCUUUCAUGCAGCUGAUCAGAGUAUCAGAGGAGAUGAAACAACAGCUGAAGUUUGAUUAUAUUCUGGUUGUUGAUACUGAGGGUCUUCAGGCUCUAGAACUUGAUAGAAAAUCCACAAAACGUCAUGACAAUGAACUGGCCACAUUUGCUGUUGGUCUUGGUAGUUUGACAUUGAUCAACAUCAUGGGAGAAACCACAGCUGAGAUGCAGGAUAUUCUUCAGAUUGUUGUUCAGGCCUUUCUGAGGAUGAAGAAGGUCAAACUGAAUCCCAGCUGUAUGUUUGUACAUCAGAACGUUUCAGACGUCACAGCUGGAGAGAAAAACAUGGAGGGAAGGAGACGACUGCUGAAGACACUGGAUGAGAUGACAAAACUCGCUGCUAAAGAGGAAGUCUGUAAUGCUAAAUGUUUCAGAGAUGUCAUUAAUUUUGAUGUUCAGAAUGAUGUGAAGUAUUUUGCACAUUUAUGGGAGGGCAACCCACCCAUGGCACCACCAAACCCAAAGUACUGUGAUAAUAUUCAAGAAAUAAAGAAAAUUAUUCUUUCCCAUGCAUCAAAAUCAGAUGGUGUGAGGUUGAAUCUCCUAAAAAGGCGUAUACAAGAUCUCUGGGAGGCUUUACUGAAUGAACAAUUUGUGUUCAGCUUCAGAAAUUCUCUGGAGAUUUCAGCAUACAGGAGAUUGGAGACAGAAUACAGCAAGUGGACCUGGACUCUUCGUAGUGCUAUGCUGGAAAUUGAGAACAAACUACAAAACCAAAUAGAAAAUGAAGCAAUUCAUGAGAUUGAGGUCACUGAUCUUCAGAGGGAACAGAUGGAGAAAAGUGAAGAAGUGAAAAAAUCAAUGUCAGAUUUCUUUGAGAAAGACACAGAUGCUGAUAUACUGAUUCAGUGGAAAACUUCAUUUGAAAUAAAAAUCAAAGACGUCCAGGAAAGCAUUGUGAGAGAAACAAAGAUGAAAUUAAAUAAAAUUCUUCAGCAGCGAGACCUGAAGAGAAAGAUUGAUGCUCAGAGGAUACAACAUGAAAACACUCUCUUAGAAAAAAGCAAAGAACUUGCAUUAAAACUCAAAGACAAAACAAAUGAUGAAGAAAUACUGAAGAGAGAGUUUGGUGUGUUUUGGGAAGAGUGUGUGAAUAAGAUCAUCACAGAUUCUCCUCUGAUCACAGAUAUUGACAUACUGAGAGAUGUGCAAAACCUCCUCAGAGAUAUGUAUGAGGGAAGUCUCCCUGUAGACUACUGGAAAGAGGGCAGUAAGAACAAUAUUUUCACUGUUCAAAGUUAUUCUGAAUAUGUAAUUUUAAAAAAGAGUACAGAGACAAAGGAAACAGAUAAAGGAAACCAAGUCCUGAUAAAUGACUCUUCUGGAUCUGCUCAAAGUUUAUCUCCAAAAGAUGAAACCGAAAUAAAAACCUUUGUCAUAGAUGUUGCCCAGAAGACAGACAAAAUGAUUCAGUCAUUUAACAUUUCAAAGAUGGGCUAUAACAUCAGCUACAUUCAACAACUCACAGAUUACAUUAAAAAGAGAAGCACAGACCAUCAGGAAGGUCCGGUGAAAUAUUUGUUCAAGAAAGAAUUCUUCGUGGUUUUGGUUUAUUCCAUCUGCAACAGAGCAAUGGAGACAUUCACUGAACAACACAGAAAGUUCAGUGAAGUCAAUGAUCCAGUUUUCUAUGUUGAGAGGAAGAGAGGUGAAUACUAUAGUAUUUUUCAAAAAUACUGUCAAGGAGCAACAUCAGCUGCUAUUUUUGGUGAAAUCAUCUGCCAGAAACUGAAGGAACCCAUUGAACAGAGUGUCUAUAAACAGACUGCCAGAGAUUUAGCAGAUGAAAUGAUGAAAAACUGUAAAUCACUCAAUGAAAACAGGUCAAAUCUGGAGAAACACAUCCUGAAGAGACUGGCAGAAGAUGAGAACUUUGACAAAUACAUGAACUACAUUCAUAAUCCAAAAGAUCACUUCAAGAGUUUCAUCAGAGAUGAAGUCCAUCAGUACAUCAGUGAUCAGUUCAGUAUAAGUGUUCAACCCAAGAUGAAUCAGAACAUUAAAGUCCUGCAGCAGAAGAUCCUGACAGCAGCUCAAGAAUCUACUGAAGAUGUUCAAGUGAAGAGUGGAGAUGUUGAUUUGUGGUUGAAGUUUUUCACACAGAAGCUCUCAGAUGUUCUGAUAAUCUCUGUAAAGGACUUCAGUGGAGUCAAACAUGGUAGUAUUGAUGUAAAACUUCUGGAUGUGAUAAAAAAUGAACUUCCUCCUAUAAUGUCUGACAUCAGCAGUAAAUUCAACACAUCUACAUUUUCAGUAAAUCUGGAUAAUAAAGACAGACCCGAUGAGAUUCUGAUUGAUCAUUUCUGUCGGUGCUGUUGGGUUCAGUGUCCAUUCUGUAAAGCCACCUGCACCAACACAAUAGAAAACCAUGAGGGAGACCACAGUGUUCCCUUCCAUCGUAAUGUUGGACUAAGUGGGAUACAUUACCAGGAGACAACACACUUGUCUACUCAUAUCUGCACAUCAGCAGUAGCAAACAGCAAUCUAUAUUUUUAUCCUAUUGACUCGGAUAAGAAAGUUCCCUGGGGAGAAUACAGAACGGCAGGAGAGGUUUAUGCAAAUUGGAGUAUAACCUCUGACCUCUCAGAUCUGCCCUACUGGAAGUGGUUUGUGUGCAGAUUCCAAAAAGAUUUGGAAAAACACUACAAUAAAAAAUUUGAAGGUCAGGGUACGAUUCCAAAUGCAUGGAGAAAUUACACAAAAUCAAACGCUAUUGAAAGUUUGGAUAAAUACAAUUAAGUCAACAAAUCAAUAUUUCUCUUUGAUUCUGGUAUUGAGAUUGUAAACAAAGUUUGAAGUUCUGUCUUUUCACACUUCAUCUUUUCCACAAUCGUCUAAAUGUGAAUUUAUAGAGUUGUCUUUCAUGUAAUAGAUCCAAUAAAUAAAAUGCACUUCCACUUCCAAGUCAGCCACAGAAAAUUGAAAUUGAUAAAUGAUCUCAUUAUAUAAGGUUACACAAAGAACUGAAAAGAAAAAGACAACAUCGUCUCUAAAGCCAGACUGAUAAUUAGAUUAAAUAGGCAACAGGAACGGAUUAAUAAAAGAUUCCUGAUGUUAACCAAAGAUAUGAUAAGAUAUAAUUAUUUUUGUGUGAACAUGCAGAAGAUGCUUAUUGUAACAGGCAAGGAUGAGACUUUGACACUCAGCGCUGAGACUUCAAACUUUUAAAACUUGGUAUUAGAGAGAAAUGGGUGUUGAAGAUAUUAGUGUUUUAAGCCUAUUUCAUGUGUAUAUUUAGCAUUAAAAUAGGAUUUGUUUUUAAUGGCAGAUAUAGUACGUGUUAAAAGAUGCGGCGCUUUGCAGGAUGGGGAUGUACUUUGCUUUGCAAAAAUGUUAAGUUUAUUCAUUUUAUAAGAUUAAUGAUGAAUCCUACCUUAGAUCCUCACAUGCAGAAUGUUUGUAUUUUUGUGUUCUCUAUAGUUUAUUUCUAAUCAUUAAUUUACAUAAUCAUUUUAUAAUCAUUAGUUAUCCAUUUGAUUGUUUAUUUGAUUAUUUAAUAUACUGUUAUUAUUAUCAAUUUCGUUGUUUGAUAAUUUUUAUCAUUAUAUUAUUGUUUAUUCAUUUAUUCAUUAAUUCAUUAUAUUUCUUUAUACCACGGGUCUGUUGAAUGCUGUAUUCUAAUUGGCUUAAAAUGUUCCGUGGGUAUGCAUCAAUUUCUGAUAACCGCACACCUAACUUGUCAAAUGUCUUAAAAAUAGGUACCAGAGCAAUGUUUGUGUUAACCGUGGUAUAAGAGUGAUAAUUGACUCGGUCCUUUGAAUUAUUUGAAAAUAAUGCACAUCCGUGGUGAAACGGCACGACGCGAAUUGCACAUUGGGUUUGCAUUAUUUUCUUAUAAUUCAAUGGGCCAUCGUCAAUCUUUCCUUACAUAUUUUAUAUGUCUUAUUAAUUUAAUUGUUGUUCAAUCUCAUAUUUGUAAAGUUUCCUGAGCUGUCCUGUCUGUGUAAACUAGGGUGACCAGAAGAGAUUGGCUGAAAUUCGGGAUGGGGGAGCAGACGUGGGUGUUCAUACAAGAAUAGUUUAAUUUAUUUAUUUAUUUAAUAAUAAAAGAUCAUCUCAAACUGAACCAAUUAUAUUAAUAUAAGUACAUAUGCAUAUAAAUAAAUUAAUAUAAUACGUAUAGAAGUAUUUUAUACCUAUCUCUCAUCCCCUUUAAAAGCCAGUUGCGCUGGUGCUAUGUCUAAUCCCUAUUUAGAUGACGGGCUUUGUAAACUGAAAAACUAAGUGGAGGAAGAAGAUCCUCAGUUUAAGAUUAAUGUUAAAUAAUUGUGUUGUUUUUCACUUGUAUUGUAAUUGAUACUUUUCAUUAAAACCUUUAAAACCCGUUUUUUUUUUAGUCAUGGAAGUAAAAAAGCAGGCUUUUAAUUGCUUAAAUGUAUGGCCAGGGGCGAUUCUAGGAUUU